AUGACACAAGAUGGCGUUCAAGGCUAUAUGCAACGCCUAGAGAACACGGAGUGGAUGCGGAUGUUCAAAAUGUUCCUCUCCAUUAACGAAAAAGCAGAACGAACAGCCCAGCAGGCAAACUUUUUCAAGCAGUCAAGUAACGCAGAGUUUGCGUUUGUCUUUGACUGGUUGGAGGGAAAUGGCUUUACAAAAACACAGCUAGUGCUAGAAGUAGAGUCAUUUCGGCGGCUGAACACGAAGGAAUUUGAUUAUGCCCCGUACAUUCCUGAGUUUUUAUCUUAUCCCGCCAAAGGUGACAGACAGGAUUGGAAGCAGGCGCAUCUAGAAGACCAGAGCAAUGACAAUAAAGAAGAGUUCAGCUCCACUAAGUUGGGAGCACUGCUUAAGUUGGUGCCACAACUUCUUCAGGAGGACGGUAGAGCAGAGCUGUUAAAGACUAAUGCUAAAUUGAACGCAGAUCUUACUGUUUAUGAAGGUCAGCUGGAAGAGAUGAACUGUAAGCUAAACCUGAUGGUGGAGGAAAACCGCCAGAUGAAGAGCACUCUAAGCAAAUAUAAAAACAAACAUAACGAACUGAUGGUUGAAUGUAAAGCACGCCUCGCAACACGAAAGGAUGAGCUGAAUGCGAAAGAAAAGGAGAUCUCCAAGUUGCGAGGGCAGUUAGAGGCGCUUGGCAGAAAACCCGACAGUUCAGGGAAGAGUGCAGAGCCUAUGGCAACGCCACAGCAAGCACAAAGCAGUAGGCGCAAUUCCAGCCUCGCUCUCAGCGGUAGUCUUACCCAAGAUAGCUUCCCCCACCCGAGCAAUCCAAACGGCAACAUAUCUGCAUGCUCGCACCUGUCCAUUGAUAAUCUUGACAGGCACAACAUUAUCCUUGAGGUAGGAGAGGGCGCUGCCGAGGCUCUUGCGCUGACGAUUCAUGGCACCAAAGAAGUAGCUGGACUCUACUCCCACCCGACUGCUUAUCAGGAGGGUAUUCGUGCACUGAUGAAGAGCGCGUACACAAACCCUGAGACAUCCUAUGCAGAGUGUUCUAAGGGAGUCCAGGCCUACAUCGACACAGACGAGGUCUUCCUGGCUACACAGGAGCUGCGAAUUCGCACACACCAGCUUCAGUCUGAGCUGGGAGUUGCACAGGCGGCAAAAGAGGCUUCUGAGCGUGAACUUCGCAGCGUCUCGCAGCAGCUCUCUGACGCCGUUCUUCAGACGGAUAAACUUCAUGAAGAGCUUCGCAAAGCUAACGAGCGAAGGUUCAAUGCAGAAAGAGCGCUGGGAGACGUGUCUGCAGCUGACAGAGCCAACGAAGAGUCGAUUGCCAGCCUGAAUGGGGAGCUGUCCCGCGCCAAGGCUGGUCAGGCUCGCUUACAGUCAGAACUGGCAGAGGCGACAGAUACUAUUGAAACGUACGCUAAACGGCUAAAGGAAAAAGACGCACAUUUGGUGCAGGCUUCCUCAGAGUUAGGUUCACUGAACAUUCAAAUUGCAUCACUUAACUCCACUUGUGAAGCCCUUAAACAGGAGCUUGAUCACCUCCGUGAACAGCAUGCAUCAUUAAGCAAGAGCUAUGAAAGCGCUCAGGCACAGCUAGCUCACCAUGAGUCCAAUGCCAGUGUAUACGAGCGUGGAAAGGCACAGCUAACUGAAGGGUAUGAGCGGAAAUGUUCUGGCUUAGCCUCUCAGAUACAGGAAUUGAAGCAUGAACUUCAACUUCAGCAUGACUCCUUUAACACGCUGCGCGAGGAGAGCCUACAAAUCCAGAAGCAGCACGGGAAGCUGACAGUAGAGCAUAAUGACCUGCUGACUAAGCUCUCGCUCCAGGAAUCCCAGCUGAAACAACAUAGCAUAGAUGCAGAAAGACAGGCAGCAGAGCGUAAGGAGCUACUUAAUGCCCUUGCAAAGGAGGAGGAAAAAGCCCGAUGCUUAGAGGUCACGUACGAGACACUGAAAGCUCAAUACACAGAUGCAUAUAACUAUGGUCUUUCGCUGUCGGAAACAAACCAAAAGCUCAGCGAGGAGAUUCAUCAGGUACGCAAGAGUGAAGCUAAUAGAAGAGAAGCUCUGCAGGAAUUAGAACAAAAGCUAGCUCAGUCUAUUCAAUCAUUCACCCAAGCUCAGGAGCAACUUUCGCAACGAGAUGUUAUAAUAAGUGAGCAGCGACAGAAGGUACAAGAGCUUACUCAAUUGAACAAAAAGCUGGAAGAGGAUAGGGACCAAUUAUAUAGGGAGUUUGAGGGUUUUAAGGCGUCCGAUGACGUCAUAACAUCGCAGGCGACAAAGAAGCAGCUUAUGGAGCGGGAAGUAGAGCUUUCAAGCAUCAAACAAAAGUAUAACAAACUCGAGCAUGAGCACCGCGCAGAGAUAAGCUUGCUCACAGCGAAAAAUGCCGACUUGCUGGCUAGCUACGAGGCUAUCAAGGCUAAGUCUUCUGAACUGGCUACGUCCCUAAAGAGAUUGACAGAUGAAAAGGCGUCAGCGCUAAAGGCUCAUAUAGAGCUCGAGGGGGAGCUAGAUAAGAAGAUGGCCACUAUAAGUGCGUGCCAGUCAGAGCUGGAAGAGUCCAAACGGACAGUGUCAAAGCUACAGUCUGCUAUCACAACACUCCAGGAAGACUUAACAAAAGCUAAACGAGAUGGUGCAGAAAAGGUGUCCCGUAUCGGGGAAUUGGAGCUGACAAUCAUCAGGCUAGAGAACAAGGACAUGGAGCUUGCAAACGCCAACACAACCAUUACAUCAUACAAGUCGACUAUUCAAUCACUUCAGGAGAAACUUACUCGCAUGGAGAUUGAUGCAGGCGUUCAGCAGCAAGCGUACCUCGACCUUGAACAGCAACUUUCCGCCUUUUCUGAGAGCCGCGAAGACCAAACAAAUGCAAUCACAAGGCUCCAGGAACGAAAUAAGACAAUCACUGUCGCAUUGAGCAACGCUCACAAAAAGUAUGAGUCGCUUACAGCCAGCCACGAGCAAUUGGUGGCUCAAUACAAAGCUCUAGAGACGGAUUACACAGAGGCUACAGCGAACAAGGGUCUGCUUGAGAAGGCAAGGAAGGAGGUAGAGGUGGUGAUUGGUGAGAAGGAUGCUGAGAUAAGACAACUAGUGGACAGGCUUACUUUGGCAGAAGAGUCGUUGAGAACACAGGAUGCAAAGAUGCGUCAAGAGAUACAGAGCCAGUCUGAGGAGUACUUGGUAAUGAAGCAUCAGUACCAGGUAGCAGCCGAGCAGGAGAGAAGAGUAAUGGAGGAGCAGAUCAGAAAAACAGAGCAGGACUGGAAAUUGAAGCAAGAGACUCUGGAGUCCAAAGUGGAAGAUCUGCAGCGCCAAGUUGAGUUUGAGCGCAGCCGCAACGAUACGCUGACAGCAUCACUCAUGUUAGUUCAGCCAUCUCAGAGGACUAGUGAGAUCGGCAGUCAACGGAAGGCUAAUACAUCUGACUAUCCUACAACACCAACAAUAGGCAGUCCAGGGAUACAAACCAUGACCGUCAAAAGCGUUCGUAAUUCAGUGGAUGAAUUUCAGAAUGCCAUGCCACCAAAAGAUAAUUCUCGCAAAAGUCGAUCACUAAAUUAUGUAGAUGAUCCUGUCACUGUUAGAUCGCCACAGCUAGCAGGGUCUCUCCCCGUAAAGAAGACAGUAGCCAGGGCUCAAGCUGUCCAGUGCACAAUUCUUGCAAGUACUCUGCAAGCAGAUCUGAAUAAUCUUAUAGAUGAGCACAACAACCUUUCAUCCGCGUUUGGAGCACUGCAGACAGACUAUGAAGAAAAGUGUGGCUUCAUUGUGCAGCUAGAGCAGAGGGUGUCUGUUGUCAGUGAAGAGGCGGCUGAGAAGGCAAUGGAGUUAGAAAGGGCUAAAGCAGAGAUAUCUAGACUAAGUUCAGAGUACUACAUUGCAGACUCCCUGGCCUCAGAGCUGAACCACAAGGUAAAGGCGCUUGAGGACAAUAACAAGCUAUUAACGAUUAAGCUGCAGGAUGCCAACAUUACCGAGUCUAACACAGUUAUAGCACUAGAAGAGAAACUCAAAGAAAAGGAAGAUCAGUACACAGUGACUCUCAAAGAGUUUAAUUCGCUAAGCAUAGAGUACGAGAACACGCGAUGUUUGCUCAAGGAAGCUGAAGAGCGCUGGGCUUCAGAAAUUAGAGAGAAGGGCCGUCUGGUUGAUGAGCGAGAAACAGAUUUGCACUCUCUAUUUGACAAGAUCGUUCUCCUUUAUAAUGCAUACAAAUUAGAAUAUCAACUAGAUUCUAUUUCCAUUGUAUCUGGUGGAAAAGCCGUGACAAGAAGUGCACUCGCGACUACUAGCUUUGUAUUAACGUACUCUCUUAAUAGCGAGGGAUUGGUAGGGCCUCUCAAGGCAGAAGGUGUGGGUAAAAGUACAUCAAAUUAUAUCAAAGCAAGCUCGUUCAAUCCAUUCCGCUCAGUCAGUGAUGGUGCUGCUCUGGGUGGAUCAAUGAAGCAGCCAACCAGCCAGAUAGUCCUAGCUAAGUCGCAGAAGUCCGUCUCUUUCAGUACCAAAGAAGGCGACGCCACAGAGUCAUCUUGGGAGAAAAAGGAAGGCGAGCAGUCCAUUAUUCUGGACCGCAUAGCAAUCCUUCGGAUGCUGGACGUCAUGAUAAAGAAGUUCGAUAUGGUGAUUCAGAACCUCAAGACACUUAACGAGCAGGCUAUUCUAGAGCUCAAGCAAGCCAAGGCGCAUAGCGCAGAUAUGACUGCACAGUACACGAAGUUAUCCGGAGAGUAUUCAAUUCUGCUUGAACAAUGCGCAGAUGGAGAUCGAGAGAGGGUGUCACUUCAAGAGAAGCAUCAGGAGCUCUCGACCGCAGCAGAAGAGGCAGGUAUUCUUCGAAAACAGUUAGAGACCUUGCAGGAGAAUUAUCAGGCCGCGAUUAAUGGCGUUGCAGAGGCCCAUGCCAAGAUGUCUGAGGCAGAGCAUGAAAUAUUGCGCUUAUCACAUGCAAAUGCAAAUCUCACUUCUGUUGUCGCUGACCAAAAGCAACAAAUUGGUGGCCUUAAUGAGAAGUGUACGGAGUUGCUGUCCUCCGUUCAAGACAAGGAGGCCCUACUACUGGCAAAGGAAAGCGAACUGAGCCUUCUUGCUCAGCAAUUGGCAGAAAAGACAGCUAGAAUUGUAGAGCUGGAAGCCCAGUUACUACGAAUCGAUGGCUCUGAGAGCUCCAUGAAACAGAUGGUAGCCGAGAAGAACGCCGCACUCGACCUCCUGAAAGAGAACCUUGGAAUAGUCACACAAGAGAAAGUGGAACUGACAGCUAAAGUCAAGGACCUUAUAGAUAAGCUAAAUUCUGUUACAGCAUCGUUUACGAAAGCUACACGAGACAUAUCCAAGAUGGAGAUGACAGUAAUGGAGCAGGAGUCUUCUCUCAAGACGGCAGAGGCCGAGGUCUCGCACUUGACUGCAGAAAAGGACGCCCUGCGGGCCAAGGGCGUAAAGCUCCAGCAGGAGAAUUCAGACCUGGUGACAAAGCAAAUAGCCCUCCAGGCGGAAAUAGAGAGGCUUCAGUUGUGGGGAGAAACACAGAAGUUAGACAUUGCACGGUUAACCAAUGAUAAGGACUCUCUCAGCAGCGAGUACGCAGCAUUCAAGAGCGCAAGCGAAGAGGUGAGCAGAGAUUUCGAGACAGUAAGAACAGAACUCACCGCUUGCAAAGUAAAGCUGGCCUCCUGCACAGAGGCACAGCGAGAGAUUGACCUUCUCAAGGAGCGUCUGAGGGAUAGUGAAGAAGACUGCAGAGCCACAGCUGAUGAGAUGAAGUUUAUCGCAAUCAGCAAAGAGAAGAUUGAAGUGGAAUUGAAACAGUUACGAUCACAACUUGAUGACAUGAGGAUGGAGAAUGAAGCUUUAAAUAAGCAGGUUGCCAAUUUAAACUCGGAUUAUAUCACAGAGCAAACCCGUGCUACUCGGUUAGAAAGUGAUCUCGCAAUUGCUAGCAACCGCAUCAAAAUCCUCACGGAAGAGAAGGAGGAGUUAAGUAUGACAGUAGCCAACCAGAAGGAAGUGCUUGCGCAGAGACAAAAUCUUUCGAAGGACUUAAUGGAAAGCAUGACUGCCUCUGGACGCUCGCUCAAAGACCAGGAGGAUGCCCUUGAGCAGAUUAAGGAAACCUAUGAGGAGGAGCUGCGCAAGCUAUCCUCCGAGCUCUUGAGGUCCACUGAGUCAAAGAAGAGGUUGACGGAGGAGAAAGCACAGCUAACGCAAGAGAUCACCAACCUGCGGAUGGAAUUACGAGAGAUCACACAGCAGAACCACGACGCGCACCUUUCCCUUGAGCAACAGUCUUCGAAACAUCAGCUAGACCUCCAGACCAUGAUGCUCGACUAUGAUAGACGCAUCCAAGAGCUACAGAGAGAGAAGCUUGGGGUAGAAACCGCUGUUUCUUUACACGUUAACGAAAUUUCCAAGCUACAGUUCGAAAACGAACGUUUAAUGGAGCGAUUGGCAGUUCUUGAGGCUCAAACUAUGCACAAGCAAGCACGUGUACAGUUCCAGUCCACUCCUUCUUCUACUCUGACACCUGUCCCUGCCAGUGGAGCAUUUCCGCCUUUACCUUCAGCUAUGCGCCUGUCCACUACCGCGACCGUCCAGCAAGGAUUACCUCAACAAGCGUCUCUUCCGCCACACAUCUUACACCAACAGUACCCUACAAAUGAUGCACCGGUGACCCUCUCGGCGUUGCAGAGCAGAACAGGAGGCGAAAUAGACUCAGGGCUGACCAUUUCUGACUCUGUAGUUGAUCUAGCCGGUUCAGCGAGUGUCACAACAUCAUCUUUGCCACCUUACAGGCCCAUUACGCAGGCCAAUCAGGCAACUAGAUUGCAAGCUGGGAACUGUGCUGUGGGCGUGAAACCUGCUGGCAAAGGGGCACCACAAAUAGAUAUUUAUAAGGACUUAGAUCUUCCACCGGAUGUUAACUCUCUUAUUGAGACAUAUGCAAAUGACAAUUCGUCACAGAUAUCUGCAUCUAUUAAUGUAAUAGAUGUGGAUACUAAUCUACAAGAAUUAGAGGUUGCUAGUUCUGUGCUGCAACCAAGCCUUCCUAACACGCUUGGAGUAGAGGAAGAAGGUAUUAAUGUUGUAGACACCGUGGACAUCCUGAGCAACAGUCACGAAUUAUGCGUAGACACAGACAUUGACGAGCUCAUAGGUAAGUACACAUAG